AUGGCCCUCAAUCCGUCCGACGGCUUCGCCGCCGGCAACGGGGUGCUCGACCUGGACGACGUCGCGUUGCCCAUGUUCAUCGUCGAGCGAGUCCAGCUUCAGUUCUCCAUCGCCGCCGACUUCGUCGCCGCGCAGGUAGCGAACAACGUCCUCGUCCUGGCGCUCUCCAACGGACGCAUCCUGCGUAUCGAUUUGAACAGACCUGAAGACAUCGAUGACAUCGAUCUCCCCAAGAAACCCUCGGAAAUCGGCGUCAUUCGCCGCAUGUUCCUCGAUCCGACGGCCUCGCAUCUCCUCAUCUGCACGGCGCUCGGCGAGAACUACUACCUCCACUCCCAACACAAGCAUCCCAGGGCGCUCGCCCGCCUCCGAGGCGUCUCGAUUGAAAGCGUCGCCUGGAACCCUUCGCUGCCGACCGCCUCGACCCGCGAGAUCCUCCUCGGUGCCUCGGACGGCAACAUCUACGAAGCCUUCAUCGAGACGACGUCGGAGUUUUACAAAAAGGACAUUAAGCUCAAGAACCUACACAAGCUACCCGAUGGGCCGAUCACGGGUCUUUGGGCCGACACGCUCCCCGGCCGGGCAGACAUGCGGCGAGUGCUGAUUGCAACGCAAAGCCGGCUCUUCUAUCUGGCUGGCAAGGUCGGCAGCGGCCACGACAGCGGUGGAUCGAUCUAUACGAAACUGUUCGAGUCAGAACAACCCACGAUCCACGAGCUAUCGCGCUCCUCCGGCGCAGCGGCAUCGGCGCUGGUGGUCUCGCCGGACCCUCCCGACCAGAACCCGUAUGAGGAUGAGACGCGUGAGAGAGCUUACGCGUGGUUGUCCGCGCAAGGCGUCUUCCACGGGCAGCUUGCCGCUAAUGCGGAAGGCAGCAAGAUUUUCAGCGAGUCUAGCCUGUUGCCUCGUUCGCAGCUCGGCUCGUCUGACGGGCCAGGCAGACGCAAUACCACGGCAGACUUCAUUGAGGCGAUUGCGUUGACGCAGUGGCACAUUGUCAACCUCAUUGGCGGCCGCGUGGUCGCCACGAAUCGUCUGACCGGUGAGGUCGUAUAUGACCAGACUGUCUUGGAGCCGGGGCAAAAAGCACUGAGCUUGUGUGUCGAUAUACAGAAGAACACCUUCUGGAUGUUCACAGGGCAGGAGAUCUUUGAGGUCGUUGUGAACGAGGAGGAUCGCAACAUCUGGCAGAUCAUGCUCAAGCUGCAGCAGUUCGAUGCCGCGUUGCAGCAUGCGAAGACACCCCUUCAAAGGGAAACGGUAGCCACCGCCUAUGGUGACCACCUGGUGAAGAAGCGUCAGUUCAUGGACGCGGCCGCGGUUUAUGGACGCAGCAACAAGCCAUUCGAAGAGGUCGCUCUUACGUUCAUCGAUUACGCUGAGCCUGAUGCGUUGCGAAAGUACCUCUUGGCCAAAUUGGCCACUUUGAAGAAGGCAGCAAUUAUGCAAAGAAUCAUGAUUGCAAGCUGGUUGGUGGAGAUCUUCAUGGCCAAGCUUAACUCGUUGGACGACACGAUCAUCACCCAAGCCGAGCUGGCGGACGGCCUCAACCCAGCACAAUCGAGAGAACAGCUCCGAGCUGUCCAGAGCGAAUUCCAAGAGUUCGUCAAUAAGUACAAGACGGACCUCGACCGCCGAACAGCAUACGAUGUUAUCAGCAGUCACGGCCGCGAGCAGGAGCUUCUCUACUUCGCCAACGCUGUCAACGACUAUAACUAUGUGUUGUCGUACUGGGUCCAACGCGAGAGGUGGGAUGAGGUACUGAAGGUUCUCAAGAAGCAGACCGACCCUGAGGUGUUCUACCGGUACAGCACGGUGCUUAUGACGCACGUCGCUACGGAGCUAGUCGAAAUUCUCAUGCGGCAUUCGGACCUCAAGCCCCGGAAGCUGAUCCCGGCGCUUCUCGAGUACAACCGCAACUUCGAGGGCAGCUUGCUGCAGAACCAAGCCAUUCGGUACCUGCAAUAUGUCAUCAUUCAGCUCAAUUCCAAGGACUCCGCGGUUCACAACACGCUAAUUUCGAUUUACGCAUCCCAUCAGUCUAAGGACGAGGCGGGCUUGCUGUCAUAUCUCGAGUCCCAGGGGCCUGAGCCAAAUUACGAUCCGGACUUCGCCCUCCGUCUGUGCAUUCAGCACCACCGGACGCUUUCUUGCGUCCACAUCUACACCAGCAUGGGCCAGUACCUGCAGGCCGUUGACCUGGCGCUGUCGCACAACGAGGUCGACUUGGCGUCGGUCAUCGCAGACAGGCCGAUGAAUGACCCGCCUUUGCGGAAGAAGCUGUGGCUCGCCGUGGCCAGGAAAGUAAUUUCGCAGUCGAACGGCAUCAAGACGGCGAUUGACUUCCUCAAGCGGUGCGAGCUGCUCAAAAUCGAGGAUCUCAUUCCCUUCUUCCCUGACUUCGUAGUCAUUGAUGAUUUCAAGGAGGAGAUUUGUACUGCGCUGGAGGACUACAGUCGCAAUAUUGAUGGGUUGAAGAAGGAGAUGGACGAGUCAUCCCAAACGGCGACUAACAUCAAGAUUGACAUUGCCGCGCUCGACCACCGGUAUGCUAUCGUCGAGCCGGGAGAGAAGUGCUACGUCUGCGGGCUGCCGCUGCUCAGCCGGCAGUUUUUCGUUUUCCCCUGCCAGCACUCCUUCCACUCUGACUGUCUGGGCAAGAGAGUGCUCGAACAGGCUGGCGUGGGUACGAGCAAGAGGAUCCGGGAGCUCCAGGUACAGAUUAGCAAGGGCCUGGUCAGCGGGACCAGGAGGGAAGCUAUGAUCACCGAGUUGGAUUCGUUGGUGGCGUCUGCAUGUAUUCUUUGCAGCGAGUUCGCCAUUAAGAGGAUUAAUGAGCCGUUUGUGACGCCGCAGGAUAACCUGAACGAAUGGAGGAUCUAG